ACUCGGGGGGUGCCAGCAUGAGGCGCGGCGAGCGGCGGGGGCCCGGUGCCGCCCUGGGCAAGGCUGCCCUGGAGGAGCAGCAGCCGCCGCCGCCGCCGCAACAGCCCCCAGUGCCCAACGGUGGCAGCCCCGCCGCGGCCGCAGAGCGGCCCACGCUGCCCGGCGCUGAGAGGGACAGCCCCGGCCUGCGCCGCAGCACCGAGUCCGAAGUGUACGACGACGGUACCAACACCUUCUUCUGGAGAGCUCACACCUUAACAGUCUUGUUCAUCCUCACCUGUGCACUGGGCUACGUUACCUUGCUGGAAGAAACCCCUCAAGACACAGCCUACAACACAAAGAGAGGUAUUGUUGCCAGUAUUUUAGUUUUCCUCUGUUUUGGAGUUACCCAAGCUAAAGAUGGACCAUUUUCAAGACCUCAUCCAGCUUACUGGAGGUUUUGGCUGUGUGUCAGCGUUGUGUAUGAGCUCUUCCUCAUCUUCAUACUCUUUCAGACUGUGCAAGAUGGCAGGCAGUUCAUGAAGUACAUCGACCCACACCUGGGGGUGCCUUUGCCGGAAAGAGACUACGGGGGCAACUGCCUUAUUUAUGAUCCUGGCAAUGCAACUGAUCCCUUCCACAACAUCUGGGACAAAUUGGAUGGCUUUGUUCCUGCUCAUUUCUUUGGCUGGUACCUGAAGACAUUGAUGAUUCGAGACUGGUGGAUGUGUAUGAUCAUCAGUGUGAUGUUUGAAUUCCUGGAGUACAGCCUGGAGCACCAGCUUCCAAACUUUAGUGAAUGCUGGUGGGAUCACUGGAUAAUGGAUGUGAUCCUAUGCAAUGGAUUAGGAAUUUACUGUGGGAUGAAGACUCUGUCUUGGCUUUCUUUGAAAACUUACAAAUGGCAAGGACUUUGGAACAUUCCUACCUACAAGGGGAAGAUGAAGAGAAUUGUCUUCCAGUUCACCCCAUACAGCUGGGUCAAGUUUGAGUGGAAGCCAGCAUCCAGCUUACGCAGAUGGCUCGCAGUUUGUGGCAUCAUCUUUGUAUUUUUAUUGGCAGAGCUGAACACAUUUUACUUGAAGUUUGUCCUUUGGAUGCCUCCAGAACACUACUUGGUCCUGCUGCGCCUUGUCUUCUUUGUCAACGUGGGAGGUGUGGCCAUGAGGGAGAUCUACGACUUCAUGGACGACCCGAAGUUCCAUAAGAAGCUGGGUCAGCAGGCUUGGCUGGUUGCUGCCAUUACUGCCACCGAGUUCCUGAUCGUGGUGAAGUACGACCCCUACACUCUGACACUUUCUCUUCCUUUCUACAUCACCCAGUGCUGGAUCCUGGGGAUUAUACUGGUGCUCACCUGGACAGCCUGGCGGUUCUUCAUCCGGGACAUCACUCUGCGGUAUAAGGAGAUCAGGAGACAGAAGCAGGAGCACAAGCACGAGAAGGACAAAUGCUUGAGCAAUGGUGAUGGACACUCAGCGACGCUGGACGAGCAAACCGGGCACAAACUACGGGAGAGGAAGCUCUGAGCGACAGACAGAGGGCUUAGAAGGAACUUGUAGUGCUCAAGCUGGCCUGGUGGACAGUUCAACCUUACCCUACCUAACUUGUAAUUGUCGUUGUUAGCUUUCCAACAUGUGAAAAGAUGUCACUCUGACACGCACAGCCUUUCUCCUCCUGCACAGCCAGUCAGAGCUGGAGAAGGCCUGUGUGCAGGGAAGUCAGAACCAACACCAUUGCAGCCAGAUGGGAUCUUCUUUCGGCCGUCUCCUUUGUCUUCCUGGAGAACAAGGGUUGGAGACAAGGGGCUUUAAACAAGGUGCAAAGGGAAUCUAGCUGCUGCUCGCCAGCCAACUGUGAGAUUUCUCUUGUGACCUUUGGGCAUUAGGAACACUUCCUUUUGGAGUAUGCAGAUACCAGAGACAGGAGAUCAAUUAUUAUUUUAUGGGUUGUUUUCUCUGCUGAAACUACCUUGAGCUGUGGGGUGAGAUGGUGUCAAGUGUUCAGACAAACAUAGGUGAACUGAGGCGAGUGAGCAAGAUGUGUAACUUGCACAGGAGGUACCACAGCACACUACUGCUCCUGCCCCUGGGGCUGUUGCCUUCCUCCAAACUUGACUUGCAGCACCCUGGAGUAGUCUGCAAUAGUUUUAUGUUGUAUCUCAGCUCUAGGGAGGCAGGCAGCUGCUCCUUAGUUUUCUCUUUUUAAUUUUUCUUGUAGUCCUGGUCAUCUCUUAAAGGUAAGGGAAGGUUCAGUGUGAAAGGUCAACCUGUCUUUCCUUUCCUCCAUGGAGUAAAACGUACUACAUGCCGAAAACUGGGAGUUACUCCAUCGGUCUUAAGUUAUUUGCCUUAUUCUCAGCUUUUAGUUUGCUUACCAAGAGGGUUUAGUUCAUUCUUGGUGUCUGCUCUGUGGGGCACAUUGGGUUGUUGGGGCUCUGUGUGAGCCCCAUCCCUCCCCAGGUGCCUCCAUGCUGAGCAGCAACUGAGCCCAGCUGGAGGAGGUCUCUGCAGUCACGCACAAAGUCUCUGUCUAGGUGCUGCCAUCCCUGCCUGCGGAACGCGCUGUGCGUGGUCCUUCCCUCAGCACCCCACUGUGGUGGGGUCUGCAGGUAGUGAUGUGGCUGGGGCCUAGCAAAGGAAACUGGAAACGUGGGCUGUGGAGGGGGCUGGGUCACUUCUCCAAGGUGAUUGUGCAACAUCCAUUUUGUAACCUCUGCUCGAAGCCUUGGUGUCAAAGGCGCUGAUGUAACCAUGACCACAUCACGUCUACAGACUGAUCUCACCCUGCUGUUGGAGGCUUUGUCCAGAGGAGAACAUCAGCACCACCAGUCAUGCUUCAGGAGUGCAACCCCAAAGCUUUUGAGUGGCAGGAGCCAUGCUGAGCUGCUGACCAGCAAACAGCCAUGGUUUUGAUCCUCUUCAGUCUCAUAGGUGACUGACAACCCAACCCUACACCUCUCCCAUCUUUACAGUGACCUCUGGAGGCAGACUUCAGGAGCCAAGCACUUGGGUUUCAUCUGAAGAGCUCAGCAAGCAAAGCAGAGUUUGUGGGCUGGGGCAUGCCUGGUUGCUUGGCAGAUGCAGAGGAGAGUGAUCAACGUGAGAGGUAGCAUCAGGCUUCUUCCUCCAGUAGGUCCUGGCUGGUGCAGGUAGCCACUCAAGAGCUGCCCUUCACUAGGUAGGACGUUGUUUGCUGUGAGGCAGAGGAGUGCAAGGCUGUGUCACUGGAUGCUGACCAGUAUGUACGUGAGUACUGAGUUGAGCAAGUCUUUAUUUCUAUGCCUUUCCACCCAGAGCUGUCCUAUUCCCAGCUUUAAACCAGUCUUACCACCUGUUAACUGUUUGGUAGCUCCUGCUGGUGUGUCGUGCUUGCGUGGUCCCAGCUGAGCAAGGCUCAGGUCAGUGUAUCUCCAUUCCAGCUGUGCCGGUGGCACUGUGCCCCCCUCUGAUCUCUUUGCAAUACAACCUCCUGGGUCCAUCUCAUGGUCCAGCUGGUAGCAGGCACACUGCAGGGGGUCUGUCACUGUACCUCCUCCCAGUUCUUCCUCUUCUUCCUUCCUACUCUCCCCACCAAAGACCUAACUUACAUUUGAAGCAACCAGUGAAGAACAUCACGUCUUGUUGGGUGUUCUUCUAUGUGUGUUCCCUGGUGAUGAGUCUGGAGCUUUGACCUAAUACAUACAACACUGACUUGUUUGUCUCCACCCAUCUAAAGAGCUUCUGUGGUUAGUCUGGAAACCUGAACCCCUGUAAUAAAGCAGUGUUUGCUGGUGUGUCCUUUGGUACAA